UUCCACACAUGCGGCUUUGAGGUGCUUUCGGGGAAUCGGCAGGGAAACUACACACAACAUCAUUUGGAGAAGUGAUGAAGUCAUGAGACCGACAUUCGAUCGACGCCUCUGGAUAUUAUUGUUCAUUAUUUUAGUACAAUGUACCACCUACACACAACAACAGAAUAUCAAUGCAAAGUCGCAAUUAAAGACGACGCCCGCCGAGCACGCAGCCAGCAAAUGGCGCAGCAUAUCAGAGCUAUCAGAUCGGACGCAGAGUCGAUUCGAUCUGGAAGCGGAGAAUGCACAGCAGAUGCUGCAACAGCUUCAGCCAGUUGACCAUAGGCAGCUGUCGAGCAGUCGCAAUAGUAAACCCUCCAGGUGUGCCAAGAACUGUGCCAAAGCGAAGGUGGCCAAAUGGAAGGCGCAGCUGAAGAGUCAUCAUGGCCAUCAGGCGCAUCGCGCUUCUUACAACAAGGAGGCAAAGCGACGAUGGCGUCGGGAGACCGAGGAGGAGGAAGUGGAGCUGCAGCUGCCCACAGUAAGCUCCAGUUCGACCACGGUGGCCACCAGUGCCGUUGUCACGGCCUAUGCUAAUAGAACGCUGACAACGGUGAAGGCGAAACGUGCUCGUUCCAUGGUGCACCUAGCGCCGGAGGAUAUGAAGCCCAAGCCCAAGGAACCCGUCGUUAUCAUCGAUGACGUCGAGGAGUUUGACAGCGGUACCUCGACACGCGACCUAUUCGCCAAGAGUCGCGAGGAUGGUGAUCUCCUCGACGAUGAUGAUGGGCCGCUGGAGGGUCCGCGAGCGCUGCCCCUGCGCCCAGUGCUGCCCAAUCCUUACGAGGACGAGGAGAUGUCUGUCGUUUAUGCGGAGCAGCACUCGGAGAUUAGGCUGAUGUGCGAGGUGGAUCUGGAUAUAUCCUCCAGCAUGUGGUAUAAGAAUGGCCAGGUGGUGCAUGCCAUGGACCGCACAACUCGUGUCACCGACUAUCGCUUUAUCAAGGAGGCUAAUGGAGCGCUAACCAUCACCAAUGUAAUGCUCGAGGACGAUGGCAAGUGGCAGUGCGAGGCGGAGAAUACGCGACGCUACACCGAAAAUGCUCGACCCGUUAAGCUGGUCGUGCUGGAUCGUCCAAAACCGCCAUAUUUGCUGAUUGACUCACGGCGCCUGGAUGCAGGCAACAUUUUCGUGCCCGUCAAGGAAAACUCGGAGCUGAACUUGGCUUGUGUCAGCGAGGGCGGCAAUCCACGACCCACGCUCACCUGGGAGGUGCUGCUGAGUCCUGGCGUAGAUCGUCAUGCCCAGAAAGUAUCCGCUGAGGUCCUAGAACUGGAAGAGAUCAAAAACGAGAAGGAUAAGAACGGCUACAAAAUCAACAGCGGUGCCAAAAGCGAAGCCCGUUUGCCCGCCGUGUAUCGAGCGCACCACAAUGCCCGGAUUCUGUGCGUCAUGGAGCAUCCCACGCUGAAGAUUCGACAGAAUGCCUCCCUACUCCUGGAUGUGCAGUAUACGCCAUCGUUUGCAAUCUCGCGCACACCUGGCUUUGGCUAUCCGCUGCGGGAGGGCAUCGAAGUUAGCCUCAAGUGCGAUGUCGACUCGAAUCCUCCGAGCACGCCGCGCUGGCAGAAGGAUGACGGUGACACACCGGUGCCGCAAACGGGUGAUGGUUUCCUCAACUUUACAUCGAUUAGACGGGAACAUUCCGGCUGGUACAAGUGCACAUCACGGCAUCUGAACUUUCAAUACUCGUCGAUUGGCUAUUACCUCAGCGUGAGAUACGACUCGGUGGAUGUCACAUCGGAACCAGAUGAUCAGGAUGUCUCCGUGGCUGCUGCCUCACACAAUCCCAACAAGGGACAGCUGGAAGUGCAACUCGGUGGCGCCGUCACUUUGCAGUGUCCACAAGGCUCCCUGGGCUGCUGGUCACACUUGGACCCAGUUUCGGCGAGGCUGCGGGGACUCGGCUAUGGCAGCUCUCAGCCGACGGGCCAAUUCUCGCUCAAAGAUGUCAUGUACCAGGAUGCGGGCACCUACAAAUGCGUCGGCCAAUCGCUGGCCAACAAGAAGAAGCUCGAUGUCCUUCAGAGUGUCAUCGUCUCAGUCAAGGGUUCGCCCACAGUUGUUGCAUUGAAUGCGACGCCCGUUGCCUAUCCGGGAUCUCCGUUGCAUUUGAAUGUUGAGUUUUGUGCCAAUCCGCCGGCGCAUGCCGCACGCUGGUUGCACGGCGAUCGCGUCUUUACGCCGGGCAAUCAAUACGGCAGCACAGUGCUGGCCUACUCGGUCAAGGAUCUACCCACGCCCUAUUGCAAGGAGGCGCGUUUAACUUAUGUCAGCAUGCACGAGCGUGUGCCACGGACUUUCUACUUUAUUGUGUCGUCGCCAGGUGGCGUUGCUGAGGCCGUGUUCAAUGUGAACUUUACAAAGCGUCAUCGGCAAAUGUCAAACACCAUCGACGACGACGAGGAGGAGGAACUCAAUCGACCCGAGCAAAUACACUUUCCGGUCUUCAGCAAUAAUACGGCGAGCGGGCGAGGCUUUGAGUUGGCUUUGGCCUUAACUCUCUUCGGUGCAACGCUGCUGCAUUCUCAUUAACUUUAAGAGUGUGUGAAAGAGAGGGAUAGUAUUUGAUUGUGUGAGCGUGUGUAUGAAUGAGAGCGAUAAAGUGAGAGAGAGAGAGAGAGAGAGAGAAUGCUGACUAUUAACGCAUGCAAAUUAUUAUGCUAUGUACUACUACGUACUACCCUCUAUGUCUAAGUGCAUAUAUACAUAC